CUUCUCCAUGUUUGGUUCUGGUUCUUUUUAUACCAGAACCAGAAGAGCUGAGAGGUCUGGAGGGUUGAUCCAACAACAGAUCUUUAAAAUACUGAACGACUUAUCGACACAAUACAUUAAAGUCUGUUCUCUGAGCUACAGGGAGCCGUAGGAACUUCACUGGCUCCAUCAUCCUGGUUUUAGUCAGAGCACCAGCAGCUGCAGCUGGAGGAUUGAUUUUAGACACUGUUGCUGUAAUCAAAGUGACUAAAGAUAAACACAUGGAUGAGUUUCUCUAGAUCUGGCUGAGACAUUAGUUCUUUAAUCCUGGAAAUGUUCUUCAGGUGAUAGAAGGCCGACUUUGUAACUGUCUCUAUGUGGCUCUGGAGGUUCAGGUCAGAGUCUGAUCUCUAGUUUCUAUCGGUAAUAACUGAAGCUGUGAGCUGGUUCUAAUCUUUCCUCUUAAGGUCCACAAACAUCUUCAGUUUUGUUUGGUCAAGUUGAGGAAAGUUUUGGUCUAAAACUCAAAGUUAAGCAACCAUCUGAUAAUUAAAAGAAUUUCCACCAUUUUUCAGUCUCUCUUGUUAAAUAUCAGAAAUGGCAACAAAAUAAUGAAAAGUUAUUUAAAAAUAAGUGAGAAAACUAAAUAUUUUGUUUUGUAUUCCAACAAUAAGGUGAUAGAAGACUGACUUUACAACUGUCUCUAUGUGGCUCUGAAGUUACAGGCUAGUUUCUAGUUGUAAUAACUGACUAAUUGUUCUUUAGGUCCAAAGAUAUUGACUUUUGUUUCCAUAAAAGCUGUAGAAAGUUUUGGCAUAGUGAUUCUUGCUUUUUAAAUUGAUCAUUUCGGUGAUUCAGCUGCAGUGACUCCUGUGUUUUUUUUUUUGCAUGAAUAACUUAGAAGUGACAGUUUCUAUCUAAACCCCGUUGGACACGAGCCGACUGACUGAGAGUUUUCUAAAGGCACGCGUCCCUCAGGGUGGGGAGGGGUCGCAGUCGGUUGUUGCUUUUGUCCUUAAGGGAACCAAUCAGGCGGCGAACGCGUGCCGGCUCCACCAUAUAUAAGCCCACCGACUCUUUUAGGAAGCACAAAUUAUUUCCUCUUCACGUUCUGAGCUUAACAAGCCAUGAAGUCUCCUGGAAAGUCCUUGAAGGAAGCUCUGGUCUGCGCUCAGAGCGAACACCGGCUCACUGUUGGCGUCUAUGAAAGUGCUAAGAUCAUGACAGAAGACCCGGACAACGUGUCGUUCUGCGUCCUGGCCACGGACGAGCAGUUCGAGUGGGACGUGGCCCUGCAGAUCCACUUCACCCUCAUCCAGUCCUUCUGCUUCGACAACGACAUCAGCAUCGUCAGAGUCAGCGACACGCAGCGUCUGGCCGCCAUCGUCGGAGACGAGCAGGAAGACGCGCACUGCGUCCUCAUCACGAACCCGGCCGAUGGGUCUUGGGAGGACCCGGCUCUGGAGAAGCUGCACCUGUUCUGCGAGGAGAGCCGGCGGCUGAACGACUGGGUUCCUGAGAUCAGCCUCCCCGAGCGCUGACCCGGCUCUCUGCCGCUCACCUGAUCCGUUCACACCUGGAAAUCCUCAUCCCGACCGGGAUGAUUCCGUUUCCGGUUCUUUCCUGGGCGCUCCUGAGGAGCUAGCAUGCCCGGGCUAGCAUGGCGCCGGCAGCGCCGCCGCCCCCGCAGCCGUCCGUGCCAAGAUGAGCCUGGUUCUUUCUGCGAACGAGGCCGGGCACGCAGCGGGGGGCGGCACACCGUCGACCCUCAUUCUUUGUGCGGAUGAGGUUUGGAGAGGGAGGAGAAGAGGCGAGUUCUGCGUCCCGUGGUUCCCACGGAGCGAACGUCGCCACGUAGAAGCACGCGCAGCAGGAGAAGAAGCGGUGCCGAGGAAGAAGCGGCCAUCUUGGAAAGAGACUUUUCAGAUGUUCGUCUUCGGCUGAGCAACAUGGCAGCAGUUGCAGUCAGCGGAAAAGUUUCCCACUUUCCAGAAUUGUCUUAAUUCUCUAAAGGUUUCACUUUAGAAGUUUAACGAUGACAAAAAUUAAUCUAGAAAAGUCUAAUCUAAAGGUUUCACUUUAGAAAAUGACAAGAUUCAAUUAUUUAUAAAACCAUAAAAAAAUUGGAUAAAAUUUAACAAAAACAUUCCUGCAAUUCUGUUGCAAAUUAUAAAAUAUUAAUUUUAAACAAUUCAACCAAGAUAAAAUUAGAUUCUAUGUGAAUUUGAUUAGUUUUAAAAAGUAAAACUUAGUUUUAUUGUAGCAAAUUGACUGAAUAAAAAUUUUUCUUAAAUAUUUUUACUCAAUUUUUGUUUAGAUUUUCUGUUUAAUUUUACUUUUGAAAAUGUUUUCUGAAGUUUCACUCUUAGACGAACGACUCAAAUUAUUUGAUGUUGAAUCAAAUCUGGGACAUUUUUUUACAGGCAGUCCUGAUGUAAAUUAAGAAAUUAAUUAGAAAAUUACUCAAAUUAUUUUCAUUAAAAAUACUGAAUAAAAUCUGGACCAAAAAAUUGUAAUUUUUUUCUAACCUGAAAUGUGGGUUUAAAUUUACACUAAAUAUCUAAAACAUUGUUUAAAAGUCUAAUCUUAAGAUUUCACUUUAGAAUAUGACCCAAUUAAAUGAUAAAUAAAUUAAUUAAAUAAAAAUAAACAUUUUGAUGUUGAAUGAAGUUUGGUCCAAAAAUAAAAAAUACCAGUAAUUUUUAUUUAAACUGUAUAAAUAAACACAUUACUAUUUUAAAUAACUGCAAUUUAGAGACAAUAUCUUGAUAUUCUGCACAGUUCAGAAUAUUUUUAAUUUUGUAAAAGUUUCACUUUUAAACAGUGACAGAAACAAUGGUAUUCUAAAAUAAAAUCUUUAAAAAUGUUCACAUGUAUUAAAGGAAAAUUAUGUUUAAAAAUUCCUUUACUGUAAAGAAAUUUGGUGUAUAAAAUUCUGAAGAAGAAAAUUAACUUUUUAUCUAAAACUCAUGAAUACAAAAAGACAUGAAAAAUUGAGACUGAACUUAU